AUGGAGACGUUGGACCUCCCCCUAAACCCUGGAUCGGCCACCGCCAUUCUCCACCCAUUUAACGUGCUACACGUGAGCCACGCUGUCCUGCGGCAUGCGCUUAGCGUCUUCAACCCUGACACUGCGGUGGUGCGCCGCACGCACCGCCGCUCGCGCACCCACGCAGAGGCUACAGAGAGUCGUUUUGUCACUGAAAGCGCUGACGUUGGUGGCGACACGGCCUCGGUAGCGUCUUCGCGGCAGUCGCGAAGAUCUGCACGCCACGCUGCAGGUGAGCCAUCAAGCGAACGUCGGCAUCGGCGGCACCACUCGAGCAGCGGUGACUCUGUCGCAACGCCGACAACUCAGCAUCGCAGCCGCCGCUCUUCUGUCGAGAGUAACAAGAGCAGCAGAGGUGCGGCUGAUAGAAUACCAGCAGUUCCCUCAAACCGCCGCACGCGUAGUGCUGAAGAACCGCUCGUGGCGUCGAGGCGUGCGUCCGUCGACAGUGGAAGCAACAGCGUCACCAGCGCGCCCGGCUUAAGUGGAGGUCGGGUGCGCCGCAGCCAUAGCGAUGAUGCCCGCAGUCGCACACGGAGUCUCCCUGGUGACCAAGUUGUCCUUGCCACCGGUAGCACUGGCACGAACGCUCGGCUAGCAUCUUCAGCGCCACACCCGCUUUCGGCGGAGAGAACCCCGUCAGUAGCAAGUGGCCUCACUCCUCCACUGGCCCCACCGCCCCCUGUCAUGGAUAUCGGCAAGCCGCCGCUGAGCUCCCGUCGCCUCUCGAGCUUGCCUACCGCUGCUAGCACACCCGAUGUGGCAACUCGCUCGCGGCAUCGUCAUCACAGCACUGGCAGCAGCGGUGGCCUCAGCAGCAGCAGUCGGCGUUCCUCACGCUCGCAUCGAAGCGACAAAGACGAGACCAGCCGCCGCGUUAUCAUCAUUCGUGACGGUGAGGCGAGGAGGAGACUCGCCUCGAAGGUGGCAGCGUGGGCGCCGACUAGCUGGUGGCGACGCAUGCAGGCGAGGAACAUGACGCGGCAGGCGCACCUCAUUGACCACGUUAUUCAUGCUGUCCCAGUGCUCAUUGUGCACUACUGCUGUAAACUGAAGCGGCAGCUGGCAACUCUGCCACUGCUGUGCUUCUGUGAUUUACUACCGUCGCCUGGCACAGCGGACACGCGGGGCAGCACCGGCGGAGCUGCUGCUGGUGCCGCGGCAGCAGCGUGGCUGCCCACGGAAGAACGGUUUGAGAAACUGCCGGCCCCGGACGCGGCCCACCUCCUCCUCACGCGGUGGAUGCUGGCGGCGACUGAGUCGUACAUUGAGAAGCUCUUCUUCGACGGAAGUCUCGUGGUGCGGCAACUGCGCAGCAAGCGGACUCCGCGACGACUGCUAGGCUGGGGAUUAAGACUUGCAUCCCAUGCCGUCUUUGAUCCGCUUCUGCUGAGCAUUGUGGUGCCGAUGCUGCUCUCAUGGGGCGCGACUCCCCUGACCGGCGACGCGUUAUCUUUACUGCCAUCACCGCCGCCGAGAGUGCUCUUCACGGUGCCCGGUGCCAUCCGUGGCCUCAUGAUAAGCACCGUGGGUGUAAUAACUCAGCGGCUUGUGAUGCCCCUCGCGAGCCAGCUGGUAGACCGAGCGGUGCUGACGGUCUUCGAGGCAGUCGAGUACCUCCUCAUGCGCCGCUACGCGCGGUGGUCAGAAGGCGAAGAUGAGGACGAUGACUACAACGGGGAUGACGAGGACAAUGAUGACCGCGCAUCGCUCGCCUCGGGCGUUAGCGAAGGUGCGCACUCUAAGCAAAGGGUGAGCGCGUCGACCGCUGCCAUCACCAUCGAUGGGGACGGGCCGAGCGGGACUGCCACAAUCUCGGCAGAGAAUCGCGUGCAGCGUGAGCAGCUUCAACUGCGGCGAGAGCGUCGCGAGCGCCAUAAGCGACGUGAACGGCGGCAGGCCGAGCGGGAGCAUGCCAUGAAGUUGGCCAUUCUUCGUGCUAUCGUGUACCGCGUUGUAGCCUCUCUUGCGGCUCAGUCGUUCAUUGAUCAUCCGCUUAGCGUGCUGGUGGAACUCUUGCGCGGCCGCGCGACGCUGCACCUCAUGGGGCUCCUUCAACCAUACGCGACCAUGACGGCCGCAAGUGAUGGACUGUCGUGGGCAAAUCUAUGGCAGUACGUUUUGCAUCUGGCGGACGAGAAUGUAACGGUGAGAGGCGCGAUGAAACGAGGAGACGCCGACGAAGGCGUGCCGCCGCUGGUAACGGCGCUUCGUCGCGCUGGUCGCGCCAUUGCGCAGGAAGUGGUUGUACUAACUUCUAGUGUGCUGACGACCUCCGGGCAGACAGAGGCCAUCGCGACAGUUCAGCAGCGUGCCGCACAAACCAUCGCGCAGGGCGGCAUUCCAUCAGCGGCUGACAGCGCAGAUUUCAUGGCUCGCACCCUUUUCUCUCUUUCACCCUUCUAUUACGGCAUUCAGUUCACUAUGAUCGACAAAGUGCUGAGCUUCUACAUGGCUGUGUGGACGCGGUUGACGAAGCAGUAG